GCUCAAACUCAAGAUCUAGGCGGAAAUUCACAACAACUUCGUGUGGUUCGUAUGUUGGAUUUCGUUCAAGAAAAUGAUAUUAACCUCAUUGUGGGCGAAUGGGUUCUUGCCAGGUUUACAGGCGUCGAAGGGGCAAAAUGGUUCCUAUGUUAAUUGGUACUGGGGUCCACCCACAGUUACUAUGGUCGACGAAUCGCUACAGAUAAAAUUGACUUCGAGAACGUGGUACCUGAGCCUGGACUUGUGGAUCACUGGGAAAGCUAUAUGAAGAAGAAGAAAACCCAAUAUUGUCGUACUGUAAACGUAUUGAUUCAAGGACGGAUAGCUCGACAAUAUACGGACUCAGUUACCAGCUCGGAGAUCAAGACUGAGAUUGACGACGAUUCAGAUCAAGAGGGUUCAGAUAAUAAAGAAAAGCUAAGACUUUCUUUUCAGGAGAGAGACAAUCAUUGUGCCGAACUUGUACAGACACUCACUGACAUCUGGGGUGAGAGGGUGGAGGCGAUUUUGAAUGACACCAUUCUUCAACAGGUUCCGAAAGGGCACAGAACUGCUAUCAUGAAUUUGAACGAAAAUGAGGAUCUGAUACCGGCUAUGUUUCUGAGUGGUAUUCAGGUACACCCGUUCUAGAUACAAAAGAAUGAGUGUAUUAUUUUAAAAUGAAUAUUGUUUACGUUUGUACAUGUGGCCAUUUUG